UCUGCUGGGUGCCAGUAAAACCCACACUGGACUCAGAUCGCUAAGCAGCACAACAACUGAUUCCCGUGCCAAAAACUUUAGCUCACACAGCAAGAAUGAACCCCUGGCCUCGUCCUCUUUCUGCACUCUGCAGAGGCUUGGUCCCCCUCUCUACCAGAACAAUCGUUCAGACAACGACUGUAGCGGCUAAACUGAAGACCAUCGAUGACUUGCCGGGCCCCACUUUCUUCACCACCGUCUUCUGGUUAUUUGUCAAAGGGUAUGCGGACAAAAGCCACCUGCUGCAGGGGCUACAGAAGAGUCUGUACGGGCCAAUCUGGCGCUCCAGGUUUGGCCCAUUCGACUUGGUCAAUGUGGCAAGUCCGGAGCUCAUUGCUCAGGUGAUUCGUCAAGAAGGACGCUACCCUGUCCGAGCGGUGCUCCCACACUGGAAGGAAUACCGGGACCUGCGGGGACAAGCAUAUGGGCUGCAUGUAGACAAAGGACUGGAGUGGUACCGGAUGCGGAGUGCUCUGAAUUCAAAGUUGCUGAAGCUGCAGGAAGUGUCGGCCUAUGCGCCCAUCAUCCACCAAGUGGUUGAAGAUCUCCUGCAACGCAUCGAGUUCCUCCGCAUUGGCAGUCCGGACCAAGCUACUGUUUCUGAUGUGGCUGCUGAGCUCUACAAGUUUGGCUUUGAAGGUAUCGCUUCCAUCCUGUUCGAGACGAGGCUGGGCUGCCUCAAGGAAGACAUUCCUAAGGAGACGGUGCGCUUCAUCACUGCGGUCAAUGACAUGAUGACGCUGUCUGAGAUUGUAGUUGUCUUGCCACGUUGGACACGCUAUGUACUGCCAUUCUGGAAGCGCUUUGUUCAGGCUUGGGAUGACCUCUAUGACACAGCACGGACACUCAUAGACAAAAGAUUGGCUGACCUCCAAGCCCAGAUGGAGCGAGGUGAGCUGACGGGUGGGUUAUAUCUGACUUACCUGUUGUCCUGCGGCAAGCUGACCCAAUCAGAGAUCUACAUCUGUGUGACCGAGCUGCUGCUGGGCGGAGUAGACACGACCUCCAACACGCUGUCCUGGGCCUUGUACCAUUUGGCAAGGAACCCGCAUGUUCAGGAUCGAUUGUACAGUGAGGUGAACGCCGUGUGUGCCAACAGACGGAAGCCGGACGCAGAUGACCUGAGAAGGAUGCCCUAUCUGAAGGCUGUCAUCAAGGAGACAUUACGCUUAUAUCCCGUAGUUCCUGGCAAUGGGCGCUUCACGACAGAGAACGAGGUGAUAGUGGACAACUACCGGUUUCCAAAGAAGACUCAGUUUCAUCUGUGCCACUACGUUGUCAGCCACGACCAGACACAGUUCUCCCACGCUGAGGUCUUCAUGCCGGAGCGGUGGCUUCGCACUCAGGUCUUCCAGCACCACCCGUACAGCUUCAUCCCCUUUGGUGUGGGUGUGCGAGCCUGUGUGGGAAGGAGGGUGGCAGAAAUGGAGAUGUACUUGGCUUUGUGCAAGCUGAUGCAGCACUACGAGGUACACCCGGGAGACAGCGGUGCCCCCAUUGAGGCCAAAACACGAACCCUGCUCAUCCCUGCAAAGCCCAUCAGCCUCCGCUUCCUGCUCCGAGCCUGACAGAGUACUGCCCCACUUUAUGACUUUUCUCUGCAGUUUCUUGUCCAAUCAACAAGAAUGCUGAUGUCACGCACUGACAUUAAAGACACAUAUAGAUAAUACAUAUAGAUAACACGUAUAGAUAAUACAUCUUCCUGCAAACAUGAGUAUAUUGGCAACCAUCUGAAAAACAGAAACAGACAUGUGCCAUGCAACCCAGUUACCCAGUUGUUAGGGAUUGCACAUUCAGGUUACUGCUGUUGUUGGUCGCGAAUUGCGCAAAUUCAGCAAUUUUUACUCAAGAAAAUGUUCAAAAUGAUUGGAAUCAUACUUAAAAUACAUAAUUAAGGUUGAGAAGCGUCUCUCACUGGAAGCUUGAGUGACGGAACAUGUCAACAGAAGUGUACAGCAUCUCUGAAUGGAUUAGAUGAUUCAUCUGUAAUGCAUGUCAUGUCUGCAGAUAGGAACUCUUCAUUUAACAACUUUAACUCACUCAUUCAUUCAAUUUAUUGUAUUGCAUGUACGCUGCACAAUGAACUCUUGUCCAGCAUACCUCUGAAUCUAUAGCAGGGGUAGGCAAAGGCCUGCAGGCCACAUCAUUUCUAUUUCCCUUUUCGCCGCCAGAAUUGCCAGAUGCAAUCUGUAGCUUGUACAAAAAAGCCAUCCAAACAACACAUGUCAACACACACGAUGCACAAGUAACCUACCUACUGCACCAUGUGUGCAUACAAGCAAAUAUCUACGCGCAAUACCCAUGCCAAAAAAACCCUCAUACUGUUUAUUCCCGCCACAAGGCAUGCUGGGUAGCUUGUCGCAUUUUGGCGAAUUCGCAAAGGAAUUAACAUACUCUUGAUAUCCGAUGUUAUUGUUCAUAGUUCAUAUUGUUGCAGCUACCCAGCGUACCUUCCGGACAUUUGGAAAUAACCGUUUUAAGUUAUGCGUUGUGUUUAGCGCUUCCUUGAUUUAUGUGAUGCGUUAACUUGCUGUGGAUGUGUUGUGUUGCACCGUGAGCAAGUAAAUCAUUCUGUUUGAUGCCACCUACACUGCUUAUAGACGGCCCCUCCACCAAAUUUUUAACCCAAUGUGGCCCGCGAGUCAAAAAGUUGGCCCACCCCUGAUCUAUUGGCUUGUGUUGUAGACUUUCAACACUUCCGCUCUGUUUGUGUGUUAUCUAAUCUUACAUGACCAAAUAACGACACGGCCUAACUAGGCUUUAUGCCAAGGGUGUCCAAACUUUUUCCUGAAAGGAUGUGGAUAUUUUUAAUCUUCUAAACAGGGUAAUCCAAUGUAGAUAUGAUCAGCUGUUAUAAAACAAGCUUUUUAAAAGUUUUUUUAAAAUUCUUUUUUAAUUUUAUUGUUUCAUUGUACUUUUUGAAAGUGCUGCACGACAAAAAAACAAAAACAAAACAAGCUACGGGCCACAAAAGGCCGCCCGGUAGCACUCCAUCACAGCUUUGUGAAAUAGGUGAAAAAGCGUAUUAGUAUGAACUUUUUCUCCUUAAAUUAUACUCUUUUUCCCUCAUUUUUCCAUUUCUGUUGUUGGUUUUUUUUUCCCCAAAUACUUCAACAUUUACAUUUUCUUUUUCAUGUCAUGAUAUGACUUUAUUCCCUUAAUAUGUUUGACGUUAUUCUCACAAUAAUAUAACUUUUUCCCCCAAUCAAAUUUUCUAACGUUUGCAACUUCAUUCUUUGUUUCGUUUUGUCUCUCAUAAUGUUACGACUUUACAAAAUAACAUCUUUUUUCUUUAAUAUUUCAACUUUAUGCUUCUAAAAAUAAAAUUAUUUUCUCAUAAAAUUAGUACUUUAUUUUUGUAAAAUUAUGAAUUUUUUCAUGUAAGAUGACCCAUUUUUUCUUGUAGUAUUAUCACUUUAUUCUCCUAAUGUCAUAACUUUUUUUUUCCAAAAUUUGCAACUUUUUUAAUCCUACCAAUUAUCCGUUUCACAUCAGUAGCAAUUAAUUUGUCUACUUUGUGUUUUCCAAAUGUAGUCUUUGCCAGUUGUGAAUACGUAGGAAGGACAAUACAACAAUGUGGUACAAUGACAGUCAAGGUUUAUACUUACUGCAAGGAAAUUAUACGGCAGAGUCAAUGAUAAUAACAAUCAGACAAUGACUGAUAAAAGGGUUAAUAGUUGACAAACAGUUUGAUAAUGAAUGAGUACAGACGAUGUACUCGCCAGAAAUGAAGAAUUAGUGUGUGAUUAGACUUAACAUUGUAAGUAUCUAAGUGUUGUAUGUACUGUAUCUUCCUUGUACUUUAUAAACAUCAACUGCUUGCACUGUUUCUUAAAAUCUCUCAUUUUAGUGGAUUGUUUGAGUUCUUUAAUUGGAUUCCACAUACUGGAAUGCUGAAGGUUUUUAGCGUUGUCCGUCCAUGUAAGUGUUUUAAGUUUAAAUUAAACGAUAUUUCAACUU